CUUCCUGCUCUUACCUGAACGAAGAGGCAGCUCUGACUCUCAAGUGUGACCUGAUGUCACGCUCCUGUUUUAUUCCUGGAAGUGUGUCGAUAAAAAGAGGGAAGUAUCCGGGCAUCUCUUCUGCUGGAGCACACCAGGGUCAGCAGAGUUUACUGGGUUGGACUUUCUCUGAGAACUGUGGCAGCAGAACUGGUUCGUUUGUGGACUCCCUCUCGUAAUAGUGGCAAGUCUUCAGGUGUUCCGACAUGGGUGCCAGGUCUCUGAAGCUCCACGAGUCAACAGGUGCAGCGUGAUAGAGCGCCUUGAUGUGGUUGGAAGGAGAAAAUCACAGAGUCAUGAAGGUGCUCCGCCUGCACACUUCAUGACCCACUGUGUCAGGACGUUACCUACCUUCUGCUUCACCCUCCACUUGGCUCCUCCAUGUGAGGAGGGCCUCCUCUCCCACUGCAGGGUCACCAUCCCUCUGUCCUGCAGCUGGGUGGAGCACACCUGCCUCAUGAGCCGCGACACCAGAGCCAGCUGGGACAGAGACAGACUGUCCAGGAAACUGGCCACGUGGCACAGCACCUCGAAGGGCAGCGAGCUCAGAACAUCAUCUCGUCCUCCUCGUCUGAGGCUCACUGUGGUGGAGGGGCACAGUCUGAAGCAGCCCAGCUCCCCACUACAGGUGCAGCCCAGGUAGGCCAGAGGGCAUCGCUGGUGGAACCAGCCGUUCACACACAUCUGGAUGUCACUGUGGAUGUUCCUGCAGCAGAGCGUCGGCGUGUCCACACAGGAAGGUGAAGGCGGAGCUGGCCUUGUGGUGGCGGCUGUUGACGCUCUCUACCUGCAGCUGAAGGUGGAGCUCCAGAGGCUUGCUGGCGUUCAGCCGCCCGUGCUGCCGCCUCCCUCUGAAUGGCUGCUAGUCUCUUCUUCUCCCGCUCCUGCCGCUCCUCCUCUUUCUCCUCCUCACUGAUGCUCAAGACCAGCUCUGGGAAGAGUUUCUUCAUCUUUAAGGAGUGGAAAAGCCGGUCCUGGUCCUUCAGAGCCAUGUCCAAGUCCAGACAGCCCCCGGCUUCUCUAUCGCUGAGAAGGUUUUCAUGCAGAUCUGUGUUGGGAUGAGAGUGAGCGUCGUUGGCCGGCCAGCGGUUCCACUCCAUGGAGCAGGACACCACACUGGCGGGGCACUCCUGGAGGUGAGCUGCCCGGGAGGACCGGGCCAGGUGGAGGGGGCAGCCGUACUCAGCGUUCAGGCACGGCACCCGGACGUUGGGGCACAGCAGCAGGUGGUCCUCCUCUUUACACUGAUGGAACACGGCUCCACAGAGCAGACGGCAGGACACCACCGCACAACACACCGACAUCUCCACCUGAGCUCUGCAGCGGCGGCUGAAGCAGGUGUCGCAGUGGACAUGCUGGCGCCCCCUGGAGGCCCGAGAACGAUGGCUCUGAUGGGACGAGACUGCUGUUUAAAAAUAUGUCCAUAAACAUUGUCAACCUUCGUCACAUAGAUGUUUUCUAUAUGUGUUUGUAAACAAAGUCAGGAGCAUUAGCCGCUCGCAUGUAGCACUGCCAUUAGCUGCUAGCAUUAGCUGCUAAGUCAAACUGACGCUCUUAUAAUUGACCUUUUAAAAGCCAAAACACAUCCAUCAUCUGUCAAGUAUCACGCAGCUGUUUUGUGUCAUGUUUCUCAAUGGAUGUGCAAAACUUUAAAGCUCACUAACAGAGAGUUGCUGUUGGAGAACAUGUCUCAUGCAUAUUACUCAUUGUAGCCUUGAUUUGAUCUUCACUUGAAGCCUAUUUGCCGUCGGUCUGUGGUCAUAUUUGUCUCUCCAGCGAUGUUGCUAUUUUCAUGUGUCGCUAUGAACGGUUUCCCCAGUCACUUUUGAUCCCGUGCUACGGUUUAGUCAAUACACACCAUCCUGCCUGUAACUUCAAACCUGAAAACACCUUGACAAACUUUGCUUUCAACUCACCAUGGCAGUGCGUCGUCCCUCGGCCUCCUCUGCAAGUGAGCCUGUCAGAGUGUGUUAUAAAUAGAGGCGGCAGUCAACAUGCUUCACAGGUGGUCAGACACGAGGUUUAAAUUUCCACUCAUUUCAGCCGCUUAUGUCGCCAUGAUCUCUUUUAUCUGCAUUAUUAAACAUCUGACAGUUGCUUUCAGCCGCAGCAAUCCUCCACCUCCCGUCUGACUAUUGUUGUUAUCAUUGUUACUAUCAUUGUUAUCAAACAAGCACACUGUGAGCAGAAAAUCAAAGCAGACAUCGGAUCAAAAUGAUUGGAGAUCAGCUUGUUUUAUCAUCAGAUGUAGACCAGCUGUUAAAAACUCCCGUGGGCCUCGUGAAGCCAUCUAUUGGACCUUAUUAGGCCCUCAGGCCCGGAGUUUGACACAGAUGGUUUCUAACCUUGUUUACAGUACAGACGCCUAUUUUGUGUGAUAAUCUUUUUGUUUUGAAAUAUUUUUAGAUGAAUUUUCAAGGACACACUCAGGCCUCUUGUGGCCCCAGACCAGGGGAUAGCGUAUCCAGAAAAAUAAAAAUAAAAAAAGAGAGAGAGAUCAUAAGGUUAAAACUCUUUCUUGUUUGUCUCCUCCCUCACAGGUGAUGUGGUGGUGCUGGCUGUAGAGCUUCACGCUGCAGUUUCUCAUCCAUGUCAGACAGCGCCCCCUGCUGCCACGGAGGGAAUAUUACAGCGACAACUGACUCACCCUGGCAGUGUACAGUAAGUGCACCUUUACACAACAUGAUUUCAUCAGGAUAGGAUUGGAGCUGUUUUUCUUUUUCUUUGUCCAUCUGUGGUCAGAUCAGCUGGUAAUGUUCACUACAAGGAGGUCACGUGAUCAGCAUCUGUUAGCUAUAUGUCUCGACAAGAGAUUUGAUCUCCUGCGAAGCAGUGCGUGUUCAGGAGUCGGACAUUCACCAAUGACCUGCUGCAUCACCCCACCCAGGUGCUUUAGCUCCACCCACCUCAGCUGACCCUCUUGUCUCGCUCCGCCGGGUGGUGUUGUCCAGGAGCUGCUCACUGCCUCCCUCAUUUUGGCUGUCAACCCACCCAGAGUGUCUGUCACGGUGUGUGUGUUUGUCAGAGUGUGUUAUAAAUAGAGGCGACACUGCACAUGCUCCACAGCAGGUCAGCGACCAGGUUUAAAUUUCCAGUCAUCCCAGCUGGUUAUGUCGCUGUGGUCUUUGAUUUCUCACUGAUCUGCAUGAUCAAACACAGUUGCUUACAGCCUCAACAAUCCUCCACCUCCAGUCAGAUGCCGACUGUUGCUCACCAUCGUCAGGAACAACGCACACUAUUCCUGACCAGGAAGCAGACAGAGAAAACCAAAGCUCACUUGGGAUCAGAACAAAUAAUGGCCAUCAGCAGUGUUGACACGGCCUGGUGUGUGUAGCAGGGGCUGAACCUGAGGGAGGAGUUUCCCUGCUACUGGACCUUCAGGUCUAAUUUUAACCCAAAAGUUGAAGGAGCGAGCGCAACGUUACAAAAUCAAAGGGCCGCAGACCUGCUGACUGAAGUCUUUGGUUUGGUCUUGACCGCCCUCCCUCUGACCUCAGACCUGCGGGAUGAGUAGGCUGGAAGGUUUGCGACACUCGGGUGAGGCUGGAUCUCAGGAUUCACAUCACAGUACAGGCCCAACUGAAGCUUUCCGAACCCUCAGCCUUCAGUUCGAUGAUGACGGACGGAGAGCGAGAGACCACUGAACAGGCCUUUUGUUUUAAACCCUUGUUUGUUGCUGUCAGAGCAUGUUCUCUCCACAGCAUCGCUUCCUUAUGAACAUUCUUGUCAUGUCCGCACUUUACUCUGCUGUGUUUUCGCUUUGUUUGUGUUCUUUCCGCGUCCCUUCCUUGUGCUUUUAUUUUGUUACUCUCUCUCUCGUUUCCAUUUCCAUUCCACUAUCCCACUUUACAGGCAAACGCAGCUGGCGUUCAUUGUCUCAUCAGUCCUCCCGUGGAUAUAUUCCUCCCACUGCCACUUGGUCGAUUUUUGACUCUUCACGCAGUAACCUCUCUUAGGACUUCCGUGGUAUCUUUGUUCUCUAGUUCUCUAUUAAAUUGUUAAUUUAGUCUCGAUCUUGUGUCAUCUGUCGACCAGUUCCAAUAACACUGGGUCCAUCUGUCCACAAAAGCAUGUCAGUUCUUAUGACGUGUGCCACUGACCUCUGGCCGUGUCACCCUUGUGAAGGAGAUCCUGAUCUCCUGUUUUUAUCUGGUUAAAUACAGACUGGGCAGUGUGGGGCUCCCUGACUGGAGGGAUCGAACCCAACAUCUGGCUUCAGCUGUGCUGCUCCCUCAUUGAACCCUGCUGAAGAUCUGAAAUUUCUACGUGGAUUGUUCAUCUCUCCUUGUGCUUGUUUGCAGGACUGUGUUUGAGCUGACAUGAGCCAUCGUUCUCGGGCCACCAGGGGGCGCCAGCAUGUCCACUGCGACGCUUGCUUCAGCCGCCGCUGCAGAGCUCAGGUGGAGAUGUCGGUGUGUUGUGCGGUGGUGUCCUGCCGUCUGCUCUGUGGAGCCGUGUUCCAUCAGUGUAAAGAGGAGGACCACCUGCUGCUGUGCCCCAACGUCCGGGUGCCGUGUCUGAACGCCGUGUACGGCUGCCCCCUGCACCUGGCCCGCUCCUCCCGGGCAGCUCACCUCCAGGAGUGCCCUGCCAGCGUGGUGUCCUGCUCCAUGGAGUGGCUGCGCUGGUUGGUGGACGACACAAACCCACACAGUGAAAAAGCUCUUCUGGAGAACGUCCUGAAGACCUCAGAGGCACAGCAGGAGGCUUUGGAUCUGGCAGUGACUCUUGUGGACCAGGAGGACCUCUUUGCUCGCCUGAAGAUGAAGCCACUGUACCCUGAGCUGAUGGAGGAGGAGGAAGAGGAGGGGCAGGAGGAGCCUCUGCAGGAGACCACAGAAGAGGUCGUCGUUGACAGUUUCUCUCCAGCUGACACCAAUGAAGAAGUCCACACCUGCAGCUCUGGAGAUCCGAGUCACACCGAAGAACGUGUUCAGAACCAGGUGGGCCGGAGUUCUGGUGCGGCCAAGUCCAACCUGUGUGACAUGAUGUUCAGCAUGGAGAGAGGCGGCUGUGCCGCUGCUCAGGCCAACCAAGACCGCCGCGACAACAGCACCCGAGAGCCGGAGGCCGGCCUGAGCCCGGUCAGCUUGGAACCUGCCACCGGGCCCCGGCAGGACUACAGUAAGACGGGUCAGGCACCGUGGCAGGAGGGCGUGCUGGAGCGUCUGGUCCACGAGCUGAGCCCGCAGGAGUACAACAUGUACGUGGUGCACCACGGCCGCAUGCUGCUGGCUUUCGGGCAGAUCGAGGCCUGCACCCCGCGAGAGAGGGACUUCGUCUACGGCAGCCUGGAGCCCAUCCCAGUCCAGACGCUCCGCUCCUUUAAGGUCCCAGACAGCUACCACUACCGCCACCGGGUGCACCUGUACGACGUGGCUUCCCGAGCCCAGAGUGAGACUCGCAGCGUGGACACGGCCGACCUCGUGGUCCCGGAGGAAGAGCGCUUCAGCGACGAGGCGGCCGCGACUCUGCUGGGCUACGCUGAGAGAGAGGUCAUGGGUCACAAGAUCAGCGAGUGGAAAGGCUCUGAUGGCCUGUACAUGGACGUGGGCACGCAGACGCACUCCUUCCGCUCGGCGCCCUUCAGAAGCAGGACCACCCUGGCGCAGGUGAUGGUGGAGCGGCCGCUGAAGCUGCACCUGCAGCUGCAGGCCGAGAGCGUGAGCAGCAGACACAACCGUGCGAGCAGCGUCUUCACCUUCGUCUGCGGUCACAGCUUCCAGCGCCGGGAGUUUCCCUCACACUGCAGGAACGUUCACUGCGACAUCCAGACGGGCUUGAGCGGGUGGUUCGAGCAGAGGUGCCCCCUGGCGUACCUGGGCUGCACCUACAGCCAGAGGAGGUUCCGACCCGACACACACGACGCCACUGUCACCUACAAUCAGCAGCUGAGGAGUUUCAACCUGCGUCCCCGAGGGCGCGCCUGUGACCCCAGCACCCGGAAAGAUGUUCUGAGCUCGCUGCCCUUCGAGGUGCUGUGCCACAUGGCCAGUUUCCUGGACAGUCUGUCUCUGUCCCAGCUGGCUCUGGUGUCGCGGCUCAUGAGGCAGGUGUGCUCCACCCAGCUGCAGGACAGAGGGAUGGUGACCCUGCAGUGGGAGAGGAGGCCCUCCUCGGGCGGGGAGUGCCGGUGGCGCGCGCGGCCGGUGUGGCAGUUCAGUCGCCUCUUCUCCACGGUGGAUUCCUGGCACAUGCUGGACGCCGCCCCCAUAUCUGCUCACCUCAAAGUGUGUCCCUACUACCAGACUGUCCAGCGCACUCAGCCGGUCCCUCUGGUCUACCCGAGCGGGUCGGAGGAGCGAGUCCAGACCAAGCCCAGUCUGGUCAAGCACUUCUGCAGAUGGCGCUCUAGCCCCGCCUCCUCCCGCCCCCUGCUGGUGCCACCGUCCGUCCGGUGCCGCUCCACGGACCUGCAGCUUGAGAAGGUUAUCAGGAGGUGAUUCCUGCCGCAGACGCCGU